UCCUGCUGCUUUCCUUCUCCAAGAAAAAAUAAAAGAAAAAAUCCAAUGAAGGAAUAUCUUAAUUUAAUCAAAAAUACCAAUUCAAUGUAAGACUGCCAUCAUACACGUUGACAUUUUUCUUCACUAUCUAUUUAUAAGGAGAAUGGUUUGUUUGAGGACACAAUCCUGUUAUACCUUUGUGUCCUUCAGAGUAAACCACCCUUGUACUCUCUUGCCUUUGUGUUCUUGUUCAAAGGUAGAGAUUACAUAUAAUAAUUCACAUGAUCAUAGCUUCCCUUGUACUCUCUGCUUUUCUCUAAUCCCCUGUCAAUUUUCCUCGAAGUUCUUUGCUUUUCCCUUCUUUUCUUGUUCAAUUUUGAUGCUUGUGUUUUUGGGUUCUUGAAUUCUUAGCUUUUAGGGUUGAAUCACAUCUGGGGUUGGAUAUUACUGUGAAUUCUGCUUCUGGGUAUUCCUGUUUUCAUUCAAAGGAGCUGCAUUUUUAGCAUUCUUAAGUAUAAAGCCAAAAGGUUCUGGUGUUUGUUAGAGAAAGAGAGACAUGGCUGGUGGUGGUAAAAGGAAGAGGUUGAGUCUGAGCAAACUGUACUCGUUUGCAUGUGGAAAGACAUCUUUAAAGGGUGAUCAGUCCCAGAUGGGGGCACCUGGGUUUUCCAGGGUAGUUCACUGCAAUGAACCAGACUGUUUUGAGGCCAAGAUUAGAAGAUAUAGUGGCAACUAUGUUAGUACUACAAAGUACAAUGUUGCUACUUUCUUGCCCAAAUCAUUGUUUGAGCAGUUCAGAAGAGUGGCUAACUUCUAUUUCUUGGUUGUGGGUAUCUUGGCUUUCACCCCUCUUGCACCUUACACAGCUGUCAGUGCUAUUUUCCCCCUUAUUGUUGUUGUUGGAGCUACCAUGGUUAAAGAAGGUAUUGAAGAUUGGAAGAGAGCUCAGCAGGAUAUCGAGAUGAACAAUAGAAAAACUAGAGUGCACCAGGGUGAUGGAACUUUCAAAUCUACUGGAUGGAAGAAUCUGAGGGUGGGAGACAUAGUGAAGGUGAAGAAGGAUGAAUACUUUCCAGCAGACCUCCUCUUGCUUUCAUCAACUUUUGAAGAUGGAAUCUGCUAUGUUGAGACCAUGAAUCUAGAUGGAGAAACAAAUUUGAAACUCAAACAGGCAUUGGAGGCAACAGCAUUCAUGCACGAGGACUCUUACUAUAGGGAUUUCAAGGCUCUUAUCAAAUGUGAAGAUCCAAAUACAAAUUUGUACUCCUUCGUUGGCACUCUGGACUUUGAACAGAACCUGUAUCCCCUCUCUCCUCAACGGCUUCUCCUCAGAGACUCCAAACUCAGAAAUACAGAGUAUAUAUAUGGGGCAGUUAUCUUCACUGGACAUGACACAAAGGUUAUGCAAAAUUCUACAGCUCCCCCUUCAAAGAGAAGCAAAUUUGAGAAGCAGAUGGAUAAAAUUGUUUACUUCUUAUUCUUUGUUCUAUUUAUGAUGGCAUUUAUUGGAUCUCUUGUUUUUGGAGUUGCAACUGACAAUGACUUGGAUGGACAGAGGAUGAAAAGGUGGUAUCUCAAACCAGAUGAGUCUACUGUUUACUUUGACCCUAAAAGAGUGGUCAUAGCAUCAAUUUGUCACUUUCUGACUGCUCUCAUGUUGUACAAUUACUUCAUCCCAAUCUCCCUGUACGUGUCAAUUGAAGUCGUCAAAGUUUUUCAGAGCAGUUUCAUCAACAACGAUAUCAAUUUGUACUAUGAGCCAUCUGACAGGCCAGCACAUUCUCGCACCUCAAAUUUGAAUGAGGAACUUGGGCAAGUGGACACGAUACUUUCUGACAAGACUGGGACAUUGACCUGCAAUUCCAUGGAGUUCAUCAAGUGUUCUGUCGCGGGGACUGCUUAUGGCCAUGGGGUUACAGAGGCUGAGCGGGGAAUGGGUGUGAGAGAAGGUGAAAGUGUGAAUGGUUGGGACCAGAGCAAGGAUUCUUCCACUACAAAACCGCACAUUAAAGGUUUUAAUUUUAAAGAUGAAAGGAUUAUGGAUGGGAACUGGGUCCAUGAACCCCAAGCUAACAUCAUUGAAAAAUUUUUCCUCUUGUUGGCAAUCUGUCACACUGCCAUACCUGAUGUGGAUGAAGAAACGGGGAAGAUUUCAUACGAAGCUGAAUCACCAGAUGAAGCAGCAUUUGUGAUUGCUGCUAGAGAAAUUGGUUUUGAAUUCUACAAAAGGACUCAAACAAGCGUUGCAGUGCGUGAGUACAAUCCAAAGACUGGGAAGAAAGUUGAAAGGGUGUAUACAGUUCUGAAUGUUUUGGAGUUUAACAGUGCAAGAAAGCGGAUGUCUGUGAUAGUAAGAAAUGAGGAGGGGAAACUGCUAUUACUUUGUAAAGGUGCUGACAGUGUCAUGUUUGAAAGGCUUGCUAAGAGUGGAAGGGGGUUUGAAGAGGAGACCAAGAAUCAUGUGAAUGACUAUGCUGAUUCUGGCCUGAGGACCCUAAUACUUGCCUAUCGUGAACUUGCUGAAGAAGAAUACAAAAUUUUUAACCAGAAAUUCACCGAGGCUAAGAAUUCAGUUAGUGCAGAUCGGGAAACAUUGAUUGAUGACAUGGCAGAGAAGAUCGAGAGGAAUCUAGUUCUUCUUGGCGCAACUGCUGUUGAGGAUAAACUCCAAGAAGGGGUUCCUGCCUGCAUAGACAAACUUGCUCAAGCUGGAAUUAAGAUGUGGGUUUUGACUGGAGACAAAAUGGAGACUGCCAUAAACAUUGGCUUCUCCUGUUGUUUGCUUAGACAAGGAAUGAAGCAGAUCAUAAUCAAUUUGGAGAAUCCAGAGAUCCUGUCAUUGGAAAAAACAGGAAACAAGGAUGCCAUUACUAAGGCAUCAAGGGAAAGUGUUCUUCGUCAAAUAACUGAUGGAACGGCCCUGCUUACUGGACCAAGUGGAACUGCUGAGACAUUUGCAUUGAUAAUUGAUGGAAAAUCACUCGCUUACGCAUUAGAGGAUGACAUGAAGCAUUUGUUUCUAGAUCUUGCUAUGAGUUGUGCAUCUGUCAUUUGUUGCCGUUCAUCACCAAAACAGAAAGCACUGGUUACAAGACUAGUCAAAUCUGGAACCAGGAAGACAACAUUAGCAAUUGGUGAUGGUGCCAAUGACGUGGGUAUGCUUCAAGAAGCAGAUAUUGGAGUCGGAAUCAGUGGCGUUGAAGGAAUGCAGGCUGCCAUGGCAAGUGAUGUUGCAAUUGCUCAGUUUCGGUAUUUGGAGCGUUUACUACUUGUACAUGGGCAUUGGUGUUACAGGAGGCUCUCAUCUAUGAUAUGCUAUUUCUUCUACAAGAACAUUGCCUUCGGUUUCUCCAUUUGGCUAUACGAGGCUUAUACAUCAUUUUCUGCACAGUCUGUAUACGGUGAUUGGUUUUUGUCAUUUUAUAAUGUCUUCUUCACGGCUCUUCCAGUUGCCGCUUUGGGUAUCUUUGAACAAGAUGUAUCUGCUGCAAGCUGUCUCAAGUAUCCUCUACUAUACCAAGAAGGCGUGAAAAAUCUCCUCUUUGGUUGGCGCCGAGUACUUCAUUGGCUGGGUAACGGGUUCUAUACUGCACUAGUCGUUUUCUUCUUCUGCUCAACUGCACUGCAGCACCAAGCCUUCAACCGUGAUGGAAAAACUGUUGGGAUGGAUGUUUUAGGAGGAACCAUGUAUACUUGCAUCGUGUGGGCUGUGAACUUGCAGAUGGCAUUGACUGUUUGUUACUUCACCAAAAUACAGCGUGGCCUAAUUAUAUAUUGUCUUUGUAUGUUGUACAUUUUCUUCGUGGCAUUUGGGUCCCUGUCUCCGUCAAUGUCUGCAAUUGGCUACAAACUCUUUACAGAAGCCCUUGCCCCGGCUGCUUCUUACUGGUUUACAAUCAUAUUUGUGAUUAUCGCAGCACUGUUGCCCUUCUAUGCAUAUUCAGCAAUUGAAACAAGGUUCUUUCCCAUGUACCACCAGAUGAUACAAAGGUUAGAGAGUGGGAAACAUGAAGAUGAUCCUGAGUAUUGUGAUAUGAUGCGACAGAAGUUAUUGCAGCCACCAACAUCAGUAGGUUUUUCAGCACGGUUGGCAGCACGAGCUAAUAAGUUAAGGCGUAAGAAUAAGAAUCAGCCACAAUAAUAGCUGAUUGUUCCUGGAGGGCAUCUGUCAACAUUUCUGGGUUGUGGUUAUCUGCUCAGAAGCUGAACUCUGUCCCAGCUGUAUACGACUUAAUGAGGCUUCUACUUUACCAGAAGGUAUGGCCCUGCAAGUUAAGAGUUUUUGGUGAUUUUUUAUGGAAGCAUCGUUCAGCUGUACCAUAAGUGGAACAGGAGACUUGUGCCAAAAGGAAUUUAAAUUUUGUUUGUUGUAAAAGAAAUGUAAUUUUUAUACCAACUUGUAUUAUUAUUACAAUGUAUUUAGGACACCAUUGAAUUGGUCGUAGAUUUGGAUUGUAUUUGUUGUUUACAAGAAUAAAUUCUUCUUUUUCUUAUUGUAACUUGUAGUUCUAUUGAGUUUAUUAUUUUUUAUUACUUCUUAAUAAACUUGGAUUCUUUGUUUA